AUGUCGGAUACUCAUCAUGAUAAUGGAAGCUACGAGCUGCUCACCCCUCGGACGAGUCUAGAGAGGAACACCGCGGCAAAUCGCAGCAGUUAUGACGAUAACCUCCCGCAGUCGACGAACGCGGAAUCUCCCCAUGGCCACCAUCUGGGGCUUUCGGGAGACCUUUCACGGCCACACCGAGUGAGAUUCCGAUCGGUCAGUCAGUAUUGCGAGCCGGAAGAUCUUGUGGAUAACCACAGGGUGUUUUCGAACAUCUCAAAUAAUUCCUCGCGCACAUUGCUGAACCCCACCCCACGGUCCACUGAUGUCACUGAUAUGCUGCGGGGGGAGCCACUCGACAAGGAUUCGGACAUAACCGCAAGAUACGAUGGAUCUGGCUACAGCAGUGCCCCCUAUUCACCGUCUACACCAGAACGCGCUCCUGAAGCUUCCAGCCCAAAGGAACAUACACCAACCCGAUCGAGAUCAGCGAAGGAACGAUGGAAGGAAGCAAGUCGCCUCAUUCGACAAAAGACCAUGCGGCUUGGAGAGCGCUUAGGCAGACCUUCAGAUGACGGAGAAACGCUGGGAACCACGUUUAAUCCCGAAGAACUUGAUUGGGGGAUGCCAUUGCGCCGUUUUGACAGCGAACAGCGGAUCGGUAUGGGCGAGAGCACAGAUGAUGAGGGGCAACCGAACCCCAGCGCCGAGGCUCACCGUCUGGUUCGGAGGGUGACUCAGAACAAAAUUGUACGUCACCGAAAGCCCAAGCCUGCUUACCAGCGGUCUGGUCAGAGUACACCCGAGCGGCCGAGUUCGUGGUACGGGUCAUCCCGUCCUCUCUCCUUCAGCGGAGGCGGUAUUCUGUCUCAAUUGCUCAAGUUACAAGCAAGCCAGAAUGAGAAGGACACUUUCUCGGCCACCGAUGAUUCCGACAACGAGUCCGUCAUUUCAUCGGGAGCGGCGACUCCUAAGUCAGGAUCAGCCACCCCCAGGUCCGGCGCUGUCACUCCGAAGAAGGAGAAGCUCAAAUGGUACAAAAAGCCACAUCACCAGUCGACAGCUUCUUUGGUGGAAGCGUCGAUGAAUUUGAGCCGUGCUACCCUGCCGUCCUCCACGGACAUUAUGGCGGUGACCCAGCAGAAAAGGGGAAAGAGGAAGAAGCCAUAUCAGAAGCACCGAUUGGAGGACGAAAUUCGUGUGACAGUGCAUAUCGCAGAGAUUCUUGCGCGGCAGCGCUAUAUCAUGCAGCUCUGUCGCGCACUCAUGCGUUAUGGUGCCCCCACACAUCGCCUAGAGGAAUACAUGACAAUGACAGCACGCGUCCUGGAGGUCGAGGCACAGUUUCUGUACCUACCAGGGUGUAUGAUCAUGUCUUUUGGCGACCCUGUUACCCGAACAGCGGAGGUCAAGCUCGUUCGUUCUGCACAGGGAGUUGACCUAGGUCGCCUGGCGGAAGUCCACAGCGUCUACAAGAACGUCGUCCACGACCUAAUCGGGGUGGAAGAAGCCAUCCAGGAGCUUGAUGAAGUCAUGAAGCGGAAAUCUCGCUUCAGCAAAUGGAUCCUGGUCCCGGUCUAUGGUCUGGCCGGCGCCGCCGUCGGCCCAUUCGCCUUUAGUGCCCGGCCCAUCGACAUGCCUAUCAUCUUCCUCCUUUCAUCGCUCGUGGGACUGAUGCAGCGCAUCAUCGCCCCGCGGUCGAGUAUCUAUUCCAACGUGUUCGAAGUGACAGCAGCCGUGCUGACCUCAUUCCUCGCACGUGCGUUCGGCAGCAUCCGCACCACCGUGAACGGAGAGCAACAGUUUCUCUUCUGCUUCUCUGCGCUAGCCCAGUCAUCGAUCGCUCUGAUUCUCCCGGGUUUCAUGGUUCUCUGCAGCAGUUUAGAACUUCAGUCCCACCAGAUGAUCGCAGGCUCUAUCCGAAUGGUCUUCGCCAUCAUCUAUUCCCUCUUCCUCGGCUACGGCAUCACCGUCGGCACGACCAUCUACGGCCUCCUCGACCCAAACGCCACCUCCGAAACCUCCUGCCCCAACCUCUCCAUCUACGGCAGCAAAUACGUCCAACACUUCAUCUUCGUCCCCGUCUUUGUCAUCUGCCUCGCCAUCAUCAACCAAGCCCGCUGGAAGCAGUUCCCCGUCAUGAUCUUCAUCGCCACCUGCGGCUACAUCACCAACUACUUCAGCACCACCAAGCUCGGCUCCCGCUCCCAGGUCGCCAACACCGUCGGCGCCUUCACCAUCGGCGUCCUCGGCAACCUCUACAGCCGCCUCUGGCACGGCCACGCCGCCGCCGCCAUCCUCCCGGGUAUCUUUGUCCUCGUGCCCUCGGGUCUCGCCUCGUCCGGCUCCCUGAUCGCCGGCAUUGACUAUGCGAACCAGGUGCGCCAGAAUCUGAAGGGGGGCAGCAACAACACCGACACGAGUAGCCAGGACACCUCAAUCGCGAACCUGGGGUUCGGGAUGAUCCAGGUGGCGAUUGGGAUCUCGGUGGGGCUGUUCAUUGCGGCGCUCGUUAUUUAUCCCACGGGGAAGCGCCGGAGUGGGCUUUUCAGCUUCUAA